AUAAUUGCAAGGCCACUAUAAUCUUUUGGGUGGUUUUCGCGAAUGGUUGGCAAUGAUUUUAAUGAAAUUCCCUUACGUUUAACAAUAGCUUACCAUGGUGCUCACCAAAAUAAUAUCACCAGUUGCAGUUUUUCUAAUUGCGGUCGAUUCUUCGCCUUUGUUGAUCAGCCACAGAUUGUCUUGGGUUACUGUGUAAAUGACAUACUAUCAACGUGCUUGGAUGAAAAUAAUUUCAAACCAUCUUUAUCAUCUCAUUGUCAAACAUCUAGUUUAUUGUCAGAUGAAAUUAUUAACAAUACAGAAUCAUUAAAUUUAUAUGCAAAUCUUACAGAUAGUAGUAAUAACUGGAAAAUAUUAACAUCAGAACUGUUACAUGGUGAUGCACUACCUGUAAAUAUGAAACCAAUAUUUCGUAUAAAAACUAACGGAGAUGUGAUUAGUAUGACUUUUGCCUCUGGGGAUAGUGCAUUUUGUCGAUUGCCCCACCGUGCAAAUAAGCGUAGAUCGUCUAUUGUUCGUGAAUCACAAGUCUCAUUAUUACUGUUGGGUUUAGCUUCUGGUGUCAUUGAAGUUUAUAAUGUAUUUAGUCUAGUAUCAAGUUCUCCACAUAUCCCCAAAUAUGUCUUGACAGAUGAUUGUACCCUUGUAUAUCUCCUCUCAGCUGCUGUAGACGGAAGUCUUCGUGUUGGAUCCGUACAUCGUGGUGGUGAAGUGAGAUUAUGGGAUUUAUGGGAUGAUGGUAAUAUGUACGGGAAAUUACAACAUAAAUUCACUGUUCCAACAGAUCAACCAUGCAGUGAAAUUCAAGGUGAAGCAUGUACAUUUGCUUGGCAUCCAUGCGGCAGACAUGUAUUCCUAGCUGGUGAAAGAGGCCAUGGUGUUGUACUCGAUGCUGAAUCUCCUUUUUCUCGAGUCGCCUACAUACGAUCUGGUCAUUAUCAUCGAAUAUCAGUUGCAAAAUUUUCAAAAGAUGGUAGUUUAUUAAUUACUGCCUCUUAUGAUUCAUGUUGUGCUGUAUGGUCUGUACCGGAAUAUCAAUGCUUACAUCGUUUCUGGCAUAUGGGACGUGAACCGAGUAUUCCUCUUCGUGGUGGAUCAAAUGGUCAUCAUAUAUACGGUUUAUCUCUGUCCCCAGAUGAUUUUUACUUUAUUACCGUUUGCGAAGAUAGAUGUAUUCGUUUAUGGCCAUUGGCUCCUGUCAAUUCUCCAUUGAAGAUCUAUUUCGAACUUGCACUCCAAACUCAUACUAAUCUUAAAUUUCGUAGCUUAGCUUUCAGCCCAUGUGGUCGUAUAGUUGCUGUUACUACGAAUAAUCACGAUGUACUUCUGUUUACAACACGAUCUGAAUCAAUUCGUCUUGGUACACAAUGUCUUCAUGCAAUCCGAAAAUGUGUUGUUGAAAAUCUUUUGAAGAAAACUAUGCAUCGCUCAAUUAAACAUCAAUAUCAUAAUAAUGAUUUGUCACUGACAACUAGCAAUAACAGUUACAAUACAUUAUUUCAAAAUUGCAUUUCACAAAUCCACUUACCAUCUCCAGUGAAAAAAGCAAUUUUAAGGAAUUUUGUAAAUUGAUAUUUAAUGUUAGGAAGACGGAAAAAAAAGAGAUGGAAAUAACAGUGAUUGUACUAUGGUGAUAUGUAUAUGUAUGUUGCUUACAUGAACUCAUUUGUUCCGUUUUUAUUUUCUCUUUGCUUUGUUACCCUUGUUUUGUUUUAGUUACCAAUUGAAACAAUUACUUUUUUAAAAAAAUAUUUAUUUCGUUUCACUGAAUCGAGUAACACUUUUUAUUUAUAAUAUAAAAACAAUUUAGCAUUUCUAUGAUCUGGACAUACCCUACUCUUUGUAUCUGUGCUCCUUACCCCUAAAACUAUGUAAUUGAACUUAUGAAUGUGCAUGUUCUAUUAUAGCAUGUAAUAUAUAUAUAUAUAUAUA